AUGCCGCAGAUUGUCGGUGGAAGCUGCUCCAUACGCAUGGCAUCGUUCAUCCCCGGAUUUAACAACACACUUGACCCCAAGGCCCAGUUCUACCUGGAGCUUGCGUCGGAGUGCGCCAGCCUGCUUGAGGGGCAGCGCAACCUGGUCACCAACACGGCCAACAUCUCAUCGCUGGUGUACCACAGUCUGCUCGAAACGCCCUUGCGCGAGGGAAAGCCCGUGAACUGGGUCGGGUUUUAUUUGCUGGACGCCAAGAAGGCCAACUCGCUGAUUCUCGGCCCGUUCCAGGGAAAGCCUGCCUGCACGGAAAUUACCAUUGGGCGCGGCGUGUGCGGCACGUCGGCGCUAGAGGCCAAGACGGUCGUAGUCAAGGACGUGCACGAGUUCCCCGGCCACAUUGCGUGCGACGCCGCGUCAAAGUCCGAGAUUGUUGUGCCGCUGACGACGCCCGAUGGCAAGGUGCAGGGUGUGUUUGACAUUGACGCGUCGGAGCUGGACGCAUUCGAUGACUUUGAUCGCAUCGGGCUGGAGGCAAUUGCCGCCAUGGUGGUUGAGGCUUCUGAUUUUUGA